AUGGCCGCCCUAAGGGAAGAGCUAAAUCAUAGAAACCGCAUGACAGUUAAGGGAUUAAGAAUCACUGUUUUAAAAAUAUACCAGAGAAAUGCAAAGUCAAUUAAUACAACAGUCCUUAUUAUUCGCUUUGUCUUGUGGUAUAAAAGUUCUGAAUGCAUUUUUGUGCUGAUGAGAAAAUGGAGCGUUCCAUUGGCAACAGCCGUUGCUGCACCACUCUUGACGCCAGUUGUCCUCGCCGAGUCAGAUAAGAAGGACACAGGAGCAGCCUCUUCUCGUUUAGUUCGACCCUCAGACCUGCCCAUCUAUGAAUCGCCAGAUGAAGUCCUGGACUUUGAAUAUCAUGGGCGGGAGAGGACGGCCCUGGAGGAAAACAUCAGCGUUGUGAGGAAGGAAGUGGAAGGCGUCAUCGAUGCAACACGGGCCACCAGGGAGAAAAUAGUGUAUGUUUGUGAGACUGGCAAGGCUCACACCAUGGCCACAGUGGAUAUGCUGAAAGAACUUAAGCCAUCACCAGACAUUAAUGUGGAGGAGCCUGGUAUUGGGAUCAUACCUUCAGGGAUUGCUUUGUUGUCUUUUCGAUGUAGAAAAAAGACUGUACUAUGUUUCAGAACUACUGUUGACUACAUAACAGAUGAAGAGAACGUGUUACCUCGUGCUGGAGCAAUCACUGUGGGUGGCCUUACUGGUCUGGUCAUUGGUAGGAAAGGAGGGUUCUUGAGGAAGGUGCUCUACACCUCAGCUGGUGCACUAACUGCUGCUUCUCUCUGCUACCCUCGCCAUGCUUACCAGCUUUCUCAGAGGGUAUUUGAGAAUGCAAAGGACGUCGGUACUAUCGGCUAUAAUUUUGUUGCUGGAGUGAAACCCCAAAACAAAAUUCCAAGUGCACCAGCUGAGCCCUCCAAAGAAGAACCUCCAGCAGUUAUACCAGAUGCCCCUCCAGCACCAGAAGCAGCACCUGGAACAGAACUUGAAAGUGGACAGGUAAGGAAAGUAAUACCUGAGGAUGUCAAUGUGGAGGAUUUCCUUUCCCCUCUUGACACUGUAGCUCAGCAAUCAAGCGAUGUAACAAUAUGGGGAUUUAGACUAACGGACAAAGCCAGCAAAGAGCCAGGUGUCAAGGAGAGUGAGGCUCCUACCGCAAAAUCUUCUGUACCAGAAGGAUUUGGUACAGUUUCCGAAGCCCAGGAGCCUCAAGUUGCACCCAGUUCUGAACAGGUAGAAGAGAAAAAGAAACUGGAUGAUGUACCUGCUGUUGCUGAGGCAAAAGAACCUGAAGUGGCACCGGAAGUGACACUAGAAUUGGAAAAAGACACUGAAGUUUUACACAUAACAGAAGAACCCAAGGAUACAGUAGUGGCACCUACAGUAACAGAAAUAACACCUGUCUUAAUAGAACCUGAGCUUGAAAUAACCCCAGCUUUAAAAGAACAUGUGCUAGAUGUAACCCCUGCUGUAGGAGAACCUGACCUAGAAUCUAAACCUGCUGAAACAGAGCCUGAGCUAAAAGGGAAACCUGCUGAAAUAGAAUUAGUGACUGAAGUAAAACCCACAGAAACCGUUCCUGAGCCAGAAGUGAAACUCACUGAAAUGGAGCCUGAACCAGAAGUGAAACCCACUGAAACAGUUCCUGAGCCAGAAGUGAAACCUGCUGAAACUAUGCCUGAGCCAGAAGUGAAACCCAUUGAAAUGGAGCCUGAACCAGAAGUGAAACCUGCUGAAACAGUUCCUGAGCCAGAAGUAAAACUUAUUGAAAUAGUGCCAGAGCCAGAAGGGAAACCUGAAAUUCCUGUUGAGCCUGAAGUAAAACCUACCCCAGAACCAGAAGAGAAACCUGCUGAAACGGUGCUUGAGCCUGAAGUAAAACCUGCUGAAACUGUACCUGAGCCUGAAGGGAAACCUGCUGAAACUGUGCCUGAACCAGAAGUAAAACCUGAUGAACCUGCUCCGGAACCAGAAGAGAAACCUGCUGAAACUGUGCCUGAGCCUGAGUCUGAAGUGAAACCUACUGAAACUGUGCCUGAGCCUGAAGUGAAACCUGCUGAAACUGUGCCUGAGCCUGAAGUGAUUCCUGUUGAAACUGUGCCGGAACCAGAAGUGAAACCUGCUGAAACCAUUCCUGAAUCUGAAGUAAAACCUGCUGAACCUGCUCCGGAACUAGAAGAGAAACCUGCCGAAACUGUGCCUGAGCCUGAAGUGAUUCCUGUUGAAACUGUGCCUGAACCAGAAGUGAAACCUGCUGAAACUGUACUUGAUCCUGAAGUGAAACCUACCGAAACCAUUCCUGAAUCUGAAGUGAAACCUGCUGAAACUGUGUCUGAGCCAGAAGUGAAACCUGCUGAAACUGUGUCUGAACCAGAAGUGAAACCUGCUGAAACUGUACUUGAUCCUGAAGUGAAACCUACUGAAACCAUUCCUGAAUCUGAAGUGAAACCUGCUGAAACUGUGGCUGAGCCAGAAGUGAAACCUACUGAAACACUGCCUGAGGCUGAGGUGGCACCCAGUGAUGACAGUAUCCGGAAAGUAGGUCUGGUGAAUAUAAUUAUCCAAUACUUUUCCAAGGAGAAGGAACCAGUAAAAGAGGUUGUAGUUGAGGUUGGAGAAAAAGUAGAGGAAAAGAUUGCAGAAGCAGUCAGUGAGUCAGCAGAAUUCGUUGAGAAAGAAGCAGAUAAAGUUAUCAAAGAAGCAGAGGUAGUUGAAGAGAUUGGAGAAAAGGUGGAAUCUGCGGUGCAGCUUGUAGAAGAAGCCGCAGGUGCUGCUGCCAAAGCUGCUCAUGAUACUCCUGGUAUUCCUGAAUCUGUUGCAGAGAAAGCUGAAGAGGCAAAGGAAAUUGCUGAAAAGGUGGAAGAGGUCAUUGGUACAGUAGAGUUUGUUGCAGAGAAGGUUGAGGAAAUCGCAGAGGAGAUUAAAAAGGAAGCAGAGGCUAUUGAAAGUAAAGCAAUUGAACUGAUAGAGAGCAAAGAAAAGAGAGAAGAACUCAUAGAAAAAGCCAUUGAUUAUGUGACUGGUAAGAUACACGAGGAAUUGGAGAGUGCAGAAAUCAAGAAACCGGAAGCAGCACUUAUAGAAGAACCUGUUGCAGUUGCAGAUGUCAAAGAACCUGAAGUUGCAUCUGCUGAAGAAGGAAAGCAAGUAGAAGCAAGGGAGCCAGAAGUGCCAGCACCUGAGGGAAUGGAAAUUCAGGAAAAACUUUCUGCUGCAACUGAAGAAAAAGAGGCAAAAGUGGAACCAGUUGAAGAACUGAAGGAGGCUGAAAUAACCACAGAGAAGAGUGCUGAAAAGAUUGGAUUGGUUGAUAAACUAAUUCAGAUCUUCUCCAGUGAGGAUGAAAAACAUGCUGAGAAAAACCUAUCAGUAGAGCCAGUGGUAAAGGAAGCUGUUGCUGAAGUUGAAGACAAAGUGGAGGAAGAAGUUACAAAAGUGGAGAGCGAAGUAUCCCAAGAAGUGGAGAAGGAUGCAGCAGAUGUAUCUAAAGCAGCAGACAUUGUGAAAGAAGAAGUGAGCAUAGAGGAACCUGCAGUGGCACCAGUUGUUGAAGUUGCACAGUCUGAAAUACUUGUAACAGAAGAACAGCAGCCACAAUCAGCACCUGUUACAGAAGAAAAAGACUCAACAUUGGUUCAUGAUGAAAAAACACAAAAAGAGAGAGUACGUUUAGUUGAUAAAAUAGUGCAGUUCUUCUCCAAUGAGGAAGAAAAACCUGAGCCUGUAAAGGAGGUUGUAGAAAUACUUGUAAAGGAAGCUGUUAUUGAGGGUGGGGAAAAAGUUGAGGAAAAAAUUGCAGAGGCUGUUAGUGAUGUAGCAAAAGAAGCUGAGAAAGAAGCAGAUGAAAUAUUAAAGGUAACUGAAGUAGUUGAAAAUGUGAGUGAAAAGGUGGAAUCAGCUGUAGACGUUGUAGAGGAAGCUGCAGAUGCUGCUGCCAAAGCUGCUCAUGAUACUCCUGGUAUUCCUGAAUCUGUUGCAGAGAAAGCUGAAGAGACAAAGGAAAUUGCUGAAAAGGUGGAAGAGGUCAUUGGCACAGUAGAGUUUGUUGCAGAGAAGGUUGAGGAAAUCGUUGAGGAGAUUAAAAAGGAAGCAGAGGCUAUUGAAAGUCAAGCAAUGGAACUUAUAGAGAGCAAAGAAAAGAGAGAAGAACUCAUAGAAAAAGCCAUUGAUUAUGUGACUGGACAAAUACCUGAAGAACUUAAAAGUACAGGGGUUCAAGAGUCCAAACCAGUACCCUUAGAAGAGGAAGUUAAACAAACUGAAGAAGUAAAGGUAACAGAAGAGGCGCCAGUUGCAGAAGUGAAGGAGGCGGAAGUUGCUGCAGAUGAAAGUAUUAAGAAGAUUGGAUUGGUUGGUAAACUUAUGCAAUUCUUCUCUAAUGAAGAGAAGACACCAGAGUCAGUAGAACCAGUGGUAAAAGAUGCUUUAGUUGAAGGUGGAGAAAUUGUGGAGGAAAAAGUUGCAGAAGAGGUGAGUGAAGUAGCCCAAAGUGUAGAGAAAGAUGCAGCAGAUAUAUCUAAGGUUGCACAAGUUAUAGAAGAUGUUAGUACAAAAGUUGAAUCGGUUGUAGAUGUGGUUGAAGAAGCUGCAGUUGCUGCUGCCAAAGCUGCUCAUGAUACACCUAGUAUUCCUGAAUCUGUUGCAGAGAAAGCUGAAGAGACAAAGGAAAUUGCUGAAAAGGUGGAAGAGGUCCUUGGCACAGUAGAGUUUGUUGCAGAGAAGGUUGCGGAAAUUGCUGAGGAGAUUAAAAAGGAAGCAGAGGCUAUUGAAAGUCAAGCAAUGGAACUGAUAGAGAGCAAAGAAAAGAGAGAAGAACUCAUAGAAAAAGCCAUUGAUUAUGUGACUGGACAAACACCAGAAGAACUGAAAAGCACAGAUGUGAAAGAACUUGAAGUGACACCUACAGAAGAGGAAGAUGUGAAGGUGAAAGAAGAGGCACCAGCUGCAGAAGUGAAGGAGGCAGAGGUUGUUGCAGAUGAAAGUAUUGAGAAGAUAGGCUUGGUUGGUAAACUUAUGCAAUUAUUCUCCAAUGAAGAGAAGACACCAGAGUCAGUUGAAUCAGUGGUAAAAGAUGCUUUAGUUGAAGGUGGAGUAAUUGUAGAGGAAAAAGUUGCAAAAGAGGUGAGUGAAGUAGCCCAAAGUGAAGAGAAAGAUAUAUCUAAGGUUGUGCAAGUUAUAGAAGAUGUUAGUACAAAAGUUGAAUCAGUUGUAGAUGUGGUUGAAGAAGGAAAGGCAAAAGAAGAGGCACCAGUUGCAGAAGUGAAGGAGGCAGAGGUUGUUGCAGACAAAAGUAUUGAGAAGAUAGGAUUGGUUGGUAAACUUAAGCAACUGUUCUCUAAUGAAGAGAAGACACCAGAGUCAGAAGAACCAGUGGUAAAAGAUGCUCUAGUUGAAGGUGGAGAAGAUGUGGAGGGAAAAGUUGCAGAAGAGGGGAGUGAAGUAGCCCAAAGUGUAGAGAAAGAUGCAGCAGAUAUAUCUAAGGUUGCACAAGUUGUAGAAGAUGUUAGUACAAAGGUUGAAUCGUUUGAAGAUGUGGUUGAAGAAGUAAAGGCAAAAGAAGAGGCACCAGUUGAAGAAGUGAAGAAGGCAGAGGUUGUUGCAGACGAAAGUAUUGAGAAGAUAGGAUUGGUUGGUAAACUUAAGCAACUGUUCUCUAAUGACGAGAAGACACCAGAGUCAGAAGAACCAGUGGUAAAAGAUGCUCUAGUUGAAGGUGGAGAAAAUGUGGAGGAAAAAGUUGCAGAAGAGGUGAGUGAAGUAGCCCAAAGUGUAGAGAAAGAUGCAGCAGAUAUAUCUAAGGUUUCACAAGUUGUAGAAGAUGUUAGUACAAAGGUUGAAUCAGUUGAAGAUGUGGUUGAAGAAGUAAAGGCAAAAGAAGAGGCACCAGUUGAAGAAGUGAAGAAGGCAGAGGUUGUUGCAGACGAAAGUAUUGAGAAGAUAGGAUUGGUUGGUAAACUUAAGCAACUGUUCUCUAAUGAAGAGAAGACACCAGAGUCAGAAGAACCAGUGGUAAAAGAUGCUCUAGUUGAAGGUGGAGAAAAUGUGGAGGAAAAAGUUGCAGAAGAGGUGAGUGAAGUAGCCCAAAGUGAAGAGAAAGAUAUAUCUAAGGUUGUGCAAGUUAUAGAAGAUGUUAGUACAAAGGUUGAAUCGGUUGUAGAUGUGGUUGAAGAAGGAAAGGCAAAAGAAGAGGCACCAGUUGCAGAAGUGAAGGAGGCAGAGAUUGUUGCAGACGAAAGUAUUGAGAAGAUAGGAUUGGUUGGUAAACUUAAGCAACUGUUCUCUAAUGAAGAGAAGACACCAAAGUCAGAAGAACCAGUGGUAAAAGAUGUGCUAGUUGAAGGUGGAGAAAAUGUGGAGGAAAAAGUUGUAUUGAGUGAAGUAGCCCAAAGUGUAGAGAAAGAUGCAGCAGAUGUACCUAAAGUAGCAGAAGUUGUAGAUGAUGUUAGUACACAGGUUGAAUCAGUUGUAGAAGUGGUUGAAGAAGUAAAGGCAAAAGAAGAGGCACCAGUUGCAGAAGUGAAGGAGGCUGAAGCUGUUGCAGACAAAACUACUGAGAAAAUAGGAUUGGUUGGUAAAGUAAUUCAGUUCUUCUCCAGUGAGGAAGAAAAGCCUGGAAAAGAUGUUGCAAUGGAAGGUGAAAUGGCACUUCAGAAAGCAGCAGAUGAAGUAAUUGCAGCAACUGCAGUAGUUGAAGAGAUUAGUAAAAAGGUGGAAUCAGCUGUAGAUGUUGUAGAAGAAGCUGCAGGUGCUGCUGCCAAAGCUGCUCAUGAUACUCCUGGUAUUCCUGAAUCUGUUGCAGAGAAAGCUGAAGAGGCAAAGGAAAUUGCUGAAAAGGUGGAAGAGGUCAUUGGCACAGUAGAGUCUGUUGCAGAAAAGGUUGAGGAAGUAGCACAAGAAACUAAAAAGGAAGCAGAGAUUAUUGAAGGUAAAUUAGCGACAUCUCAGGCAGAAUCUGGUUUGUUUGGUCAGCUGGUUAGCAUCUUCUCUAAAAAAGAAGAAACUAAAGAGGAUGUUCCACCUGCUCCAGAGGCAGCAGUAGAGCCACAGGAGCCAGAUACAGUUGUUACAACUGAAAUAACAGAAAAGUCAGAUUCAGAAGGGGCCAAGGAUACUGCCAUUGACAUUGUAAAUAUUGAUGAAACCGUUUCUACCUCAUUGAAACCUUCAGAAACCAUUGAUGAUUCUACACCUGUGGUUGAUGAGCUCUUGUCAUCUGAAUCUACAAAGAAAGAAACUUUAGUGGAGAAAAUUGCAAGUUUGUUUGGUGAGAAAAAACCUGACAGUAAGCAGACAGCUGGUGUGACUUCCGAUAGUAGUAAGGAAAUUCAUGCAUCUGACUCUCCAACAGAAGCUGUUCCAGAACCGGUAGCAGUUGGUGAUUCCUCACCCGAGGGAGCGACAUCUGUGUCAGGACCUUCAGAGGAGUCCCAGGUACAGUCCCCCUCUGUUAAAAUAGGCCAGGGUACAGUUGAAGGGGUGGAAGGUAGCAUUUCAGGUUUAGCAACACCAGAAGUUCUCGAUGCACCAAGUGAAAUUACACCAGCUUUUAGUGAGAAAACAACAGAACCAGUUUUGGAGGUGAAGGACAAAGGUCUUUUUGAUCGGCUGGCUGAAUUGAUAAGUAGUGAUGAAAAGCAGAAUAUUGUAGCCUCUUCUGGUGCUGCUUCUCAGCAACCAACAGAGGAAGUACACCAACCAUUGACUGAAAAAACUGAGGCUGAAGUUUCUGGUUCGGAUAAAGCUGCUACAGAGGAAGUAAAGCCUUCAUUCCUAGAUAAGAUUACAACCAUGCUGAAAAGUAAAGGUUCUCCUGAAAUUUCCAGUACUGAAAAAGAACCAACUCAGGGUAGUGAAAACUCAGAAGAGGAUGCUAGCGAUGAUGAUGUGUUUGUUGUAGUAGGAAAACCAAGCCAUCCAGUUGAUGUUGACUCCGCAGAAAGCUCCCAGCAAAGCAAGAAUCCAGUGAUCUCCCAUCAGCGAGGCUGGUCAAGGACCGGAGCUGAGGUGAAGCAAGAAGGCAAGGAUGUCAUCGUUCAGCUGACACCAACUCCUGUCGAAAAGGAUUACGGGCAGAGCAACCCCGAAGAUGCUGACAUGUACACCACUAGGAGCUAAAUGGAGACUGCUGCUAGGAUGGGGUGAAUGGGAUGGGGUCCUCUGAAGAUCCAUGUCUUAUUUAAUAACUGUAGUGGGGUAUAAGCAGAAGGGGAGAAUGUUCUUGUUAGUCAUUUUUUCAUGAGUAAGGGCUUAUAAUUCUUAUCAUUAUUAAAUGUUUGUAUUGUAUGUUUGGGCAAUUUUUUACUUGGGUUUCAAAGGUCUGUACUAUUAGGCAAUUACCUUAUCCGUUGAGAUUUAAUUAACAAUUUAACAAUUGAUCUUAUGUUCAUUAGAUUUAUGCACCUAUAUUUUUAAUCUUCAUUUAAGUAUGUUUAAUAAGGCAAUUUAGCUAAGGAAACUGACAUUUUCUCUGUAAUCUCACUGUUCAUUUGACAAAGCUUUUCAUUUUGAUAUGAUUAUUAAACCUCUACAUAACAUGGAUCAGCCCUAUCAUUAUUUUAUUUGUAUUCUUUAAAUAAUUCAGUUUAACUGUAUAAAGAAUGUAAAGACAGAAAUGAUUUGGUAGGUGACAUGCAGCCCCCUGGGAAAUGACAUUUGUGUAUAUACCUUUUCUCAAUAAAAAGUAUUGGAUGUAUAUUUAAA